UAUCAUGCGGUUUUUUUCGUUCUUCAAAUUUUGGUGUAGAGGUUUUUGGAAGGGGAAUGGCGUUUGAACAGUUUUUGGUAAAAAUGCGACACCCAUGUGAGAUGUCUUUCAUGAUGUUCAGGAGAGUGUAUGUCACAGCGUCAACUGCAAAGACAGCGAAUUCUGACCAAAAAGUAGGAUUGAAAGCAGCAGACAUCGCGAGAAAACUUCGGAGUGAGAAACAGAAACCGACAGUUAUCAACAAAGAGGUUCCGGUGUCCCCUUUACAGACGAGAGUAAAAGAACUCAAACAGUUCACUCAGCAACUACAGUCUGUGCACCCUAGUGUAUUUGCUAAGGCACUUUACAGGAGCAUCCUUUAUCAAGACAAAAACAUACUUGUCGUAAAUAAACCAUAUGGCGUGCCUGUUCAUAGUGUAGAUGGUAUCAGGAACAGCAUUGCGGAGUGUUUGCCUUUGCUUGCUAAAAUAACCGAUGACAUGCAAGCAGGAUCACAUUUUCACAUCUGUCACAAUCUGGAGAAAGAUAGUACCGGAGUUUUGAUUUUGGCGAAAACAAAGGAAGCUGCUGAACAUGUACAAACACUCAUCAGAUCACAUCAAAUACAAAGAAAAUACUUAGUGAUUACUGUGGGUGUGCCUGUCCCAUCUGAGGGUGUGAUUGAUAUUCCCAUAAUAGAGAAGGAAGUUAUGGGACCUCAGCCACACUUUAAGAUGGGUCUAAGCCCAUUGUUCAGAGUUUGUGAAGAUGGAGUGACCAGGGUAAGAGCUCAUCGGCAAGCAGAGAGUGCAGUCACACAGUAUCGAGUUUUAGAUGGCACCAAUGGCUGCAGCUUGGUGGAACUGCAGCCUGUCACAGGAGUAAAACACCAACUUCGAGUGCACUUGGCUCUUGCUUUGGCCUGUCCCAUUCUGGGAGAUCAUAAAUAUGCUAACUGGAAUAAACUAGCACCUCAGAAGCUGCCAGAGAGUGCACUGCGACGGCUGGAUCUGGUACAGAGUAAAACCCGAUACCUCCCACUUCACCUCCACUCCCGAAGGAUUGUCUUGCCAGGGGUCAAAGGUCAUCAUGAAAUCACAGUGUCGUGUCCUCUUCCUAAAUAUUUCACCAAUGCAUUGAAGAAACUACAGAUUCCACUACCAGGAAAGGAAUGUGACUGAUCACUCAGCCAAAGAAACUUUUUAAAUGUUCAAUAUCAGUUGCAUUGAGGUUAUGGUGAACUGCUUUAAUGUUGCAGAUAAAGGAUAUUUGUAGAUUUUUUUAUGGCAUUGUGUAAAGUGUUUCAACUUUUAAAGGAAAAACUGGAAAUGUUUUAUACUGGACAAUGAUUUGGUUUUGCAAAUUGUUCAUAAAACCUCUCUUGAAUUGAAUGCAACACUAACAAUUUACAAAAUGGUUUCAUAAACGAUUUACCUAGAAAUGUAUUAUACUCAAGUUUAACAAACAAGGCUCAGUGUGUGUUUGAAUGCUUUAAGAUCUGUGUAAUGGAACCGUCCUGAAGGAGUAAAGAAAAACACAAAUGCCAGUGCAGAAAUUUCACUGUACAAAAAGGCAUGUUUGAAAACACAGGUUUCAGUUCUCCAGCACCACUAUAAUAUCAAUACAUGUCAGAUUACCAUAGAUGCAUGUAUGGUUUCAUAUAGAAAAAUAAAAACAGAACCAAAACGUCCUCAUGUAUAAUACACUCCUCAGGUAUGUGGGCUACCUCAAGCUCCUGGGGGUGAGCGAGGGUUGUGUUACAUGUUUGUUGAGGUGUGUACAAGAGACCAUCACAUGGUUUUCAAGACCAAUGCCAAUAAAUGAGCUUGAGAUCUUAAAACUCUCAGAUUCUUUCAGUUCAUGACUAAUUCCAAAAAAAAAAAAGCGCGCGAACAAGA